AGGCAGGCCAAGCCGGGAGGAGGCGGUGCCCGGCACGGGGACGGCCUGCGGCUGCCGAGGCUCCGAAAGCCUUUGUGGGCGGUGGCGGCCACCCCCGCGUCUGUCACCGGCCCCCGCGCCGGGAUCUGGACUCUUUCGCCCCACCGCGGGGCGCUCCCUCGCCGUUGCCUGUGCACCCGCGUCCGCCUCGCCGCCGGCCGCUGUGGACGCCGGGCCUGGCGUUUCCUCCCGGGCCCGCCCUGCCCACUCCGUGUGGGCUUCGCGGACUCGGGGCACCGGGACCCCGAGGGCAGGGCGGACGCAGCCGGGCCCCGGUUUCUGAGUCCGUCCCCAGGACGGCCACCCGUCCCGCCUCGGGACAACCAGCGCUUUCCUCUUCAAAGCUGUUGUUUGGCCGGGCGCGGUGGCUCACGCCUGUAAUUCCAGCACUUUGGGAGGCCGAGGCGGGUGGAUCACGAGGUCAGGAGAUCAAGACCAUCCUAACGCGGUGAAACGCCGUCUCUACUAAAAAUACAAAAAAUUAGCCGGGUGUGGUGGCGGGCGCCUGUAGUCGCAGCUACUUAGGAGGCUGAGGCAGGAGAAUGGUGUGAACCCAGGAGGCGGAGCUUGUAGUGAGCCGAGAUCAAGCCCUGCACUCCAGCCCGAGCGACAGAGCGAGACUACGUCUCAAAAAAAAAAAAAAAAAAUGAAGCAUUGUGUUAGAAAUGGGAUACGUGGGGUCGGGUGUGGUGGCUCACGCCUGUAAUCCUAGAUUUUUGGGAUGCCAAGGCGGGCAGAUCACCUGAGAUCAGGAGUUCGAGACCAGCCUGGGCAACACGGUGAAACCUCGUCUCUACUAAAAAUACAAAAAUUAGCCAGGCGCCUGUAGUCCCAGCUACUCGGGAGGCUGAGGCAGGAGAAUUGCUUGAAUUGCUUGAACUCGGGAGGCAGAGCUUGCAGUGAGCCGAGAUCACGCCACUGCGCCACUGCACUCCAGCCUGGCCAACAGAGCGAGACUCCGCCUCAAAAAUAAAAAAGUCGUUUUCUGUGGAGUCAGGAGAUGAUUCGUUCGCGGGAGGGAGCGGAACCGGCUGGGAAAGGCUUGAGGCGGAGGGAAGUCGUCCCGGGGCCGUCGUGGUGGGAGUCCCGGCCCGCCUCGCAGGGGCGUGAACGGGGCAGGUGCCCCGGCGCUGCCUCAGUUUCCUGAGCGGUGCAGUGGGUGCUGGCAGUGCCAGCCGGCGCCGAGGAACUCGGCGGCGUGGGGCGAGCCUGGCCCUGGUGGGCUCGGCGGGUCGCUGCUGCCACUGCGGGUCCAGUGUCCUCUCUGUAAGCCCCAAGCCUGUGAGGCCUGGGCCUGGCCGGGCGACCCAGCGCUGCUCUGGUCCGCGGGCUCCUGGCUCCUCCCGAAUCCCUCUGAGGGCGCGCGGGGUCCUUCUCAGCGGGAGUCGGGGUUUCAGAGCUGCGGAUUCCAGGGCUGGAAAGCAGAAGGGGUUCUUCCUGGCUCCCUUUCUCUUCUCAGAUCUGCCUUCUGGAGACUGCACCGUCCUCACGGGAGAGCCAGAAAGAGGACAUGGCUGCUGGGCAGCGGGAAGCGAGGCCCCAGUGGCUGCACAAGGCCUGAAUUUCACUGUGUGCUGCUCAGUAUACAUUUGUUACUGGCCAAUUAUUCGUUAAACGAAUGAUCUGGAACCUUCAGAAGCUUAAAUAGUGUCACUGACGUUCGACGAUGUGGCUGUGCUCUUUACCCGGGAUGAGUGGAGAAAGCUGGCUCCUUCUCAGAGAAACUUGUACCGGGAUGUGAUGCUGGAGAACUAUAGGAACCUGGUCUCACUAGGACUCUCAUUUACCAAACCAAAAGUGAUCUCCCUGUUGCAGCAAGGAGAAGAUCCCUGGAAAGUAGAGAAAGACAGUUCUGGCAACUCCUCUUUAGGAUCGAAGAGCAGUCAUAAAACCACAAAGUCAACGCAAACACAAGACUCUUCAUUUCAGGGACUGAUACUGAAAAGAUCCAACAGGAAUGUACCUUGGGAUUUGAAAUUAGAACAGCCUUACGUAUAUGAAGGCAGAUUAGAGAAAAAGCAGGAUAAAAAGGGAAGUUUUCAGAUGGUUUCAGCCACCCACAAAAAAAUCCCCACUAUAGAAAGAAGCCAUAAAAAUACUGAAUUGAGCCAAAACUUCAGCCCAAAGUCAGUGCUUAUUAGGCAACAGAUACUUCCCAGAGAAAAAACACCACCAAAAUGUGAAAUACAAGGAAACAGCCUCAAACAGAAUUCACAUUUACUUAAUCAACCAAAAAUUACAGCAGAUAAACGCUAUAAAUGUAGUCUAUGUGAAAAAACCUUCAUUAACACUUCAUCCCUUCGUAAACAUGAGAAAAACCAUAGUGGAGAAAAACUGUUUAAGUGUAAAGAAUGUUCAAAAGCCUUUAGCCAAAGUUCAGCUCUUAUUCAACAUCAAAUAACGCAUACUGGAGAGAAACCCUACAUAUGUAAAGAAUGUGGGAAAGCCUUUACUCUCAGUACAUCCCUUUAUAAACAUCUAAGAACCCAUACUGUGGAGAAAUCCUAUAGAUGUAAAGAAUGUGGUAAAUCCUUCAGCCGAAGGUCAGGCCUUUUUAUACAUCAAAAAAUUCAUGCUGAAGAAAACCCUUGUAAGUAUAAUCCAGGUAGGAAGGCAUCUAGUUGCAGCACAUCCCUUUCUGGAUGUCAAAGAAUUCAUUCUAGAAAGAAGUCCUACUUAUGUAAUGAAUGUGGCAACACCUUUAAGUCUAGCUCAUCCCUUCGUUAUCAUCAGAGAAUUCACACUGGAGAGAAACCUUUUAAAUGUAGUGAAUGUGGGAGAGCCUUCAGCCAGAGUGCAUCUCUUAUUCAACAUGAAAGAAUUCACACUGGAGAAAAGCCCUAUAGAUGCAAUGAAUGUGGGAAAGGCUUUACUUCUAUUUCACGACUUAAUAGACACCGAAUGAUUCAUACUGGAGAGAAGUUUUAUAAUUGUAAUGAAUGUGGUAAAGCCUUAAGCUCCCACUCAACACUUAUUAUUCAUGAGCGAAUUCAUACUGGAGAAAAACCAUGUAAAUGCAAAGUAUGUGGAAAAGCCUUCAGACAGAGUUCAGCUCUCAUUCAACAUCAGAGAAUGCAUACUGGAGAAAGACCCUAUAAGUGUAACGAGUGUGGGAAAACAUUCAGGUGUAACUCAUCGCUUAGUAAUCACCAGAGAAUUCAUACUGGAGAGAAACCAUAUAGAUGUGAGGAAUGCGGGAUAUCUUUUGGCCAAAGUUCAGCUCUUAUUCAGCAUCGAAGGAUUCACACAGGAGAAAAACCCUUUAAAUGUAAUACGUGUGGAAAAACUUUUAGACAAAGCUCAUCACGUAUUGCACAUCAGAGAAUUCAUACUGGAGAGAAACCCUAUGAAUGUAAUACAUGUGGGAAACUUUUCAACCAUAGGUCAUCUCUUACUAAUCAUUAUAAAAUUCAUAUCGAAGAGGACCCCUAGAAAGUAGAUUUGUAUGUGUGAAAGCCUUAAACCAAAGUUCAUCAAAGAAUACAUCCUUGAGAGAGAGGUAAUAAAUGUAAUGGAUGUGAAAAAAACUGUAAUAAUUUAGCCCUCAUUAGGUAUUUAAUUCCAUGGAUAAACCUCAGCUAUAUAAUAGAUACAAGGAAAGUGUUUGUGCCUGUCAGACACUUAAAAAAAUAACCUGAGAUGAAGAAUUUACAAUUGGAGACAUUGACUUAAGCCAUUUGUGAAAUGGGUUUGCUUUUUCCCUUUUCCUACAGACGUGUAUGCUAGAUGUCACGUGAUCAUCAGAAACAGAUACCUGAGUGGGUGGGGAGGUGUGCUUUAGAUUUCUCAUUAGGAGACCACCAAACUGGUAAUAUUUUUAUAGCAUUUUAAUAGCAUACAAAUGAAUUGAUCAAACUGUACCUUUUUAGAGAAAAGGACCAAAAUAAAAGAAAAAUGAAUUAUGAACUA